UUUCUCCCAGCCAUGAUGGCGACAGGUACCUGGAGCCUUUGGCUGCUGCUCCUGGGGUGUGCCGGGAUCCUGAUGGGGCUCCCAGCACUGGGGACCACCAUACCCGGGGGACUCCAGCCCAUUUCUGUGACCGAUCCCGAGGUCCAGGCAGCCACACGUGUGGCUGUGAGGGCUUUCAACCAGAACAGCAACAAGCCCUACCUCUUCCAGGCAAGGAAGAUCUUGAAAGUCGAGAGCCAGGUUGUGUCGGGCAUGAUGUACCACCUGACGGUGGAGCUGCAGAAGACCCAGUGCCAGAGGGGGUCAGGUCAAGACCCCCAGGCCUGUGCCCCGGCCCCCGCCAACCAGCAGGAGGGGCUGAUCUGCAAGUUCCAGGUCUGGUCCCGCCCGUGGCUCAAUGACACCCGGGUCACGUCUCAGAGCUGCGUCCCAGCCCAGGCCUGAGGCCCGGGCCGCAGGCCCACACCUCCAGCUCUGAGCUGGCCUCAAUAAAAGCCUCCUUGCAA